AUGGAGGAGAGGGGGCUGGGUCCACGAGGACGAGAGAACCAGAGAGGCAGCAUCCAAUCAGGUGGAGUCUUCGCCGACUGGCAGAAGUGGAUAUCCAGAAUAGACCAGUCCAGAUCCAGGACAGACUGGCUGGACCAGAGACCCUUUGGGACCAGUCCAGAUCCAGGACAGACUAGUCCAGAUCCAGGAAAGACUGGCUGGACCAGAGACCCUUUGGGACCAGUCCAGAUCCAGGACAGACUGGCUGGACCAGACCAUAAGGAGACCUCUUGGCGCCCACAUCUGUCCCAGAGCAACAAGAAGACAUCAUCUGUCCCAGAGCAACAAGAAGACAUCAUCUGUCCCAGAGCAACAGGAAGAGAUCAUCUGUCCCAGAGCAACGGGAAAAGAUCAACGGGAAGAGAUCAUCUGUCCCAGAGCAACGGGAAGACAUCAUCUGUCCCAGAGCAACGGGAAAAGAUCAACGGGAAGAGAUCAUCUGUCCCAGAGCAACGGGAAGACAUCAUCUGUCCCAGAGCAACGGGAAGACAUCAUCUGUCCCAGAGCAACAAGAAGACAUCAUCUGUCCCAGAGCAACAGGAAGAGAUCAUCUGUCCCAGAGCAACAGGAAGAGAUCAUCUGUCCCAGAGCAACGGGAAAAGAUCAUCUGUCCCAGAGCAACAAGAAGACAUCAUCUGUCCCAGAGCAACAGGAAGAGAUCAUCUGUCCCAGAGCAACGGGAAGACAUCAUCUGUCCCAGAGCAACAAGAAGACAUCAUCUGUCCCAGAGCAACAAGAAGACAUCAUCUGUCCCAGAGCAACAGGAAGAGAUCAUCUGUCCCAGAGCAACGGGAAAAGAUCAACGGGAAGAGAUCAUCUGUCCCAGAGCAACGGGAAGACAUCAUCUGUCCCAGAGCAACAAGAAGACAUCAUCUGUCCCAGAGCAACAGGAAGACAUCAUCUGUCCCAGAGCAACGGGAAAAGAUCAACGGGAAGAGAUUAUCUGUCCCAGAGCAACAGGAAGACAUCUGUCCCAGAGCAACGGGAAGAGAUCAUCUGUCCCAGAGCAACAGGAAGACAUCAUCUGUCCCAGAGCAACAAGAAGAGAUCAUCUGUCCCAGAGCAACAAGAAGACAUCAUCUGUCCCAGAGCAACAGGAAGACAUCAUCUGUCCCAGAGCAAUGGGAAGAGAUCAUCUGGCGCAAAAGCUGAAACGUUGUUCACUCAAAUCUCUUCUGAAAACAAACCCUAACAUGUGUGUGUGUGUGUGUGUGUGUCUGUGUGUGUCUGUGUGUGUCUGUGUGUGUGUGUGUGUGUGUCUGUGUGUGUGU